AACAAAAAAAAACCAUUUUUACUAUAGCAACAUCGGUUAAAUUGACACCGAACGGUGAGGUAGGCUCUUUUUCUGUUUUCACUCCUUAUUUACCGUGAAAAUUACUCGAAUUUCGUGAUAUUCCGCCGCAAUACACACCAGUUUAAUGCCUAAAAUUUGCUGAGGCUUACAGCAGAGGGCAGUGUCGGGUCUCGUGAACAAGAGCGAUGGUAAUGGAGGCGUCCCCGUCCCCCUCCCCGCAGAGCGUCGGCCGCGAGUUCGUCCGCCAGUACUACACGCUGCUAAACAAGGCGCCCACACACCUCCACAGGUUCUAUAACAACUACUCGUCGUUCGUGCACGGCGGUCUGGACGCGCCGCACCGGGAGACCCUCCCCGUGGUCGGCCAGAAGCAGAUCCACAACCGCAUCCAGCAGCUCAACUUCCGCGACUGCCAUGCCAAGAUCAGCCAGGUGGACUCGCAGGCGACGCUCGGCAACGGCGUGGUGGUGCAGGUGACGGGCGAGCUGUCCAACGGCGGCGCUCCUAUGCGGCGCUUCACGCAGACCUUCGUGCUCGCGGCCCAGUCGCCCAAGAAGUACUACGUGCACAACGACAUCUUCCGCUACCAGGACCUGGUGCCCGAGGACGAGGAGCCCGGCUCGCCCGCGGAGCCGGCCGGCUACUUCCCCCCGCCGCCCUUCCCGCCCGCCUUCCCCGCGCCGCCCGCCCUCGACGAGCCCACACUCAACGGCCACCAGCCCGAGCGGCUACACGUAUACACGAGGGGACUGAGGGGGUACUCCCCCCGCCGCCCUUCCCGCCCGCCUUCCCCACGCCGCCCGCCCUCGACGAGCCCACACUCAACGGCCACCAGCCCGAGCGGCUACACGGUCAGUAUACACGAGGGGACUGAGGGGGUACUCCCCCCGCCGCCCUUCCCGCCCGCCUUCCCCACGCCGCCCGCCCUCGACGAGCCCACACUCAACGGCCACCAGCCCGAGCGGCUCCACGGUCACCCGAGCGGCUCCACGGUCAGUAUACACGAGGGGACUGAGGGGGUACUCCCCCCGCCGCCCUUCCCGCCCGCCUUCCCCACGCCGCCCGCCCUCGACGAGCCCACACUCAACGGCCACCAGCCCGAGCGGCUACACGCGGCUGCACCCGCAGCCCCCGUCGAGCCGGAGCCGGAGCCGGCGCCGGUGCUCGCACCCGCGCCCGCGCCCGCGCCCGAGCCCGAGCCGGAGCCCGAGCCGCCGCGCGAGCCCACGCCGCCGCCCGCGCACCAGCACCAGCCCCAGCCCGCGGUCCCGCCGGAGCCGAAGACGUACGCCAACCUGCUGAAGUCGUCGGCGCCGGUGUCGUCGGCUCCCUUGCCCGCCCCCGCGCCCGCGCACGCCGCCCCCGCCCCCGCCCCCGCGCCGCAGGAGCCGCGCCCGCGCGUGCCCCGCCCGCCCCGGGACUCGCAGCCCAACGAAGGCAGCCGCGUCGAGCGCGGCCCCCGCGACAGCGACCGCGAGCGCGGGGAGCGCGGGGGCGAGCGCGGGGAGCGCGGGGGGGAGCGCGACUCGCGCCGCUACUCCGACUCGCAGCAGCUGUUCCUCGGCAACGUGCCGCCCACGGCCACCGAGGAGGAGCUGCGCGCGCUGUUCUCGCGCUUCGGCCCCGUCGCCGAGCUGCGCGUGCUGGGCCGCGCGCCGCACCCGCACUACGGCUUCCUCACCUACGAGAGCGCUAAACAUGCGCAGGACUGUCUCGGCGCGCAGCCGCUGUACUUCCCGGCGGACAGCCCGGACGGCGUGAAGUUGAACGUGGAGGAGAAGAAGGCGCGCGCCUCCGCGCCCCGCGACGGCCGCGACCCGCCGCGUCGCCGCCCCACCUCCUCGCACCGCGCCUUCCCCGCCCCGCCUCGCCAGCCCUACCGCCGCUAACGACGCACUUCGGCGCUCCUCCCUCCAUGCGACCGGCGCCCCCGAGGCCCCACACAGUACACACCUGUCACUGUCACCCGCUAACCGUAUCACUUCACGCUUAACUCAGACGGUCCGUGACAACUACGCUUCAACACUUGGCUGACUUUGAUUAACUAUAGAGUUAUUUAUUGUUGUGUAAAGACUAAGAAACCGUGUUUCCUAGUUUGAGAGCCGAUACAGAUGGCGCUGUUAUGUUUUGUUGUCACUGAAAUGUCACUUUUGACAAAGUGCGCUCAAUGUGCGCAUCCUUAAGGGCAUCCUUAACAAGAGGGACGCCGCUAUACGUGAGACGCGAUAAGAGAUACAUCCUAUCGUUUCUCACGUAUAGCUUCGUCCCUCUUGUUAGUCACUAAAUUAUGUGUAAUAAGCUCUUUAGCACCAUCUUGGUGGGAGUACAUCGUUUAUUCUAGCUAAUAUAAUUUAUUUUAUUGAUAUUCUCUACCUCUUACUGUCUGGCCGGGGCCCUUGAGGCUGUCAUUUCUCUAAUAUAAUAAUAAUAACGCCAUCUACAUCUGCUGUCAAAUUCGAAGUACGAAUCUUAGACCGAUCUCCGAUCAAUGGAUAUUUGGUUAUAUUAACUGAUGGGAGCACCAUUACUUAAUAUAAUCAAACUAGCUGUUGCAUAACGUUAUAUUAUAACAUUAUGUCUCAGCCGGGCUAGCACAUGAUUGGCGCGAGAGUAUCUCGCCGCGACAUAGACUACCCGUCCCCCUUUAAUUCAUACAGUUAGUAAAAGACGGGUAGUCUAUCUCGCGGCGAGAUACCGUCGCGUCAAUCAUGUGCUUGGCCUACAGGACAACAUAAUAAAACUAUCAAUAUUAUGUUGUAUAGCAUGUCACACGAAGUUAGUACAGGGUGGCUAAAAAAUAAGUGCAUUCUCGUUGCCAGGGAGGUUUUGGGAUUAUACUGAGCAACUUUUACUAUGGGACCAACCACGAAAUCGCGUAAAAAAUAUUACCCAUACAUAGAAAAUGGACCAGCCAAAAUGUAUGAAACAGCCAAACUUUUAUUCGCGAUUUCGAGGUUGGUCACAUAGUAAGUUUUUUUUUUUUUUUAUAAACUGAUCGGCGAUUGGCCCUAGUCACACCUGAUGGAAAGUGAAGACAGGGCCUAAGAUGGAGCUCACCGGUUCAGUAACAGCCUAUUCACUCUUGUUUUAAAGCUGCUCAGUAUAAUCCCAAAACCUCCCUGGCAACGGGAAUGCACUUAUUUUUUAACCACCGUGUCUAAUAGCCAGUGAGAGUGCACCACAAGUAAUAAUUAAACAAGGUUAUAUAACCACUUAGAAAUACCUCUCGAGCCGUCUAAGUUAAAUCGGAAGGUAUUGAAGUACCCAAACUGUUUAGACAGUACUCAACUGUCCUCAAACAUUUGACCAUAAUUCAAUUUUAAUUUGAGUACGGUAUGACACUAUGCAGUUUUCGGGCGAAAGUAGACGUUAUGUCAGUUGCGUACGGUUCAUAUUUGAGCCUCAAAUGUACUUAGUGAUUAGUUAAUUCGCUGUAAAUUCAAGUCUAAUAACAUAUUGCAAUGUAUAUUCCCACUUUUAACUCUUAUUAGCAAUAAUAGUAAUAAGUUUAUGUGUGAAGAAAAUAUCUACAUUUUAAAAAUAAAAUUAUUUUCGAGAUAUAAUUACCCCUUCUAAAUAUAAAGUGGAAAUACACAGGGCAAUUUAAAAUGAACUUAUACCACAGCCUUAUGAUAAAACUGCCCUUUGAUAUAUGUGAGUCGCUAAUAUCUGUAUUUGUAUAAACGUUAAAUAUAAAGACUAACAACGCUAUAUAAAGUAGCACAAAGCUUCUAUAAAAUAGGUGUUAUUAACUCGGACGGUUAGUGAGUCGCUAUGGUUUAAUGUGUUUAAAGGUAGAUUGGUUUUUAAAUGAAGCCAUAAAAACCAACGCGCUCUAUAUCACCAACCAUCUGAGUUAAGUGCUGUAGCAUUAUAUUGUUUAUAUCAAUAUAAUAUUAACCGAUUAACGCCAAGAACCAUUAAGGCGUCGUAAGGUGCUAGUGGCGCCAAGAACGUUUCGAGCAACAUCGGCUUCCGGCACGGAAGGGAGGAGCCCAAGCGAUUAAUUACCGUAAAAAUCGUUCUGCCAUUGUUUGAGGGAAACGUGCACACAGGCGCACUUCUCACUCACUACAUACAAAAUCCAAUUUUUAAUGACGACACUAAUACAUAGAAAAUGAUACGUCAAAGACAAAUCUUGCACACCUUGAUCUCUUUUUGUGUAUUCAAGAGUCACAACACGCACCGCCAUAGGCACUGUUCAGGGAUGUAACGGAUAUGGUGUUAUCGGAACCAGAUGUUUUAAAUUUAGUUUAUCGGAAUCGGAACCGAAAACGGAACCAGAACCAAAAUCGAAACCUGAGUCGGUACUGUCAGUAGAUACACAUACAACACAGCACAUACGAAUAGGUAUUUUUAAUUCAAUAACACGAAUAAAAUAAAACAAUUAAUUAGUGCAGCACGUGGCAAGCGGGAAGAUGAGCGAAUGACAGGUAUAAACCUAUUAUUAACGGGUCACUCACGUAUUUUAAGUCAAAAAACGCUCAACAUGUUAUUAAUAUGUUUAAUAUGUCUGUGUCUCGCGAAAGUUUUGUUAGGUAUAAACCUGUUUGUUUUUGAUGUACGCCGCUCAUGUCCCGCCGCCGCGCUAAGCUUUGACAUCCGAUAUAACUUCCGAUUCAAAAGUAACGGAACCGAAACGGAUGUGUAAUACCAAUCGGAAGUUCCGACUUAACGGAACCGGAUCUCCGUAACAUCCCUAGUGCGAAUGCCGUCUCCCUUCCCGAUGUUGCUCGAAGCAAGAACGCUUAUAAGUACUGUGACGUACGUUUUCAAAGUAACCUUCAACUUUUCCAGUACGUUUUAUAUUUACUACCUUGUGCGUGACGUUCUUGGGUUAGUCAGGAUAAAAAGUCUGUAAACGCAAUUUAAUUUCUCUCACAGUCAAAUUCAAUUGCACAUUUUAGUUUAUAGUGCUAGAAGUGACAGUGGGUGUAGGUGACGGUGCCCGCGCGGGCGACAUUAACACGCUUCGCAUAUCGCUUCUCUUAUUAUUUCCUUUAAGUAGUUAGAUAGUAAAUUAAUAAUAAUUUCGUUCGGGCUCGCCCGCGUUAACUUUAAUCACCGGAUUUGUCGUAAAAUGAAUAUUUAUGCUCGUUUUGAUAGAGGCGCUCGCUCGGCUCGGCCCCUAAGGUUCCUCGGACUACAUUUCAAACGAAGUUCACUGCGGGACAGUUCUUCUAGGAUACCCACGACGGCAUUUUAUCAGCUACAUAGAUAAUUUAGCUUGUGUCUCCACUUCAAUUUUAUGAGCUAUAAUUAUGUUCUGCAUUUCAGUCGAAAACUGUAAAUAUUUAUUUAAUAUCUUAAAGCGUCGUAUGAUGAGAUUAAUCAAGUAAAAGCAUUAUAGAUUCUAAAGAUUUAUACAUAUCUGGCAAAUGUGCCCGUUUGCGUGCGUUACUUAAAGUAAGGUCGCUAAGCACGAACAAUAGGGAUGAUGACACAUGUUGAAUUUUAUAACAAAAUCUAGUACAAUAGAUGACAAAUGAGCAAUUUAUCGCAAUACUGUGGAUAUUAAAAUAAUACAUGGAAAUGAUAAAAAAUACAGGACCUAAGUUUUAAAAUUUAAAGUUUUUUUUAACUUCCAAAAAGGAAUAAAGGAAAGAUACCAUUCGAUUCCUUGCAUUUUAUCCACAAAAAAUAUUUAUAGCAACUAUAUGCAUAAACGUAAUAUUUCACCGACAAAAUCGCAAUUUUACUUAUUUUCCAUACAUUCAAGAUAGGCUCUCAGUGAACUUGACGUCACGUUCACUUAUCGGUUUGUUAAGCGUUUCGCGGGUGAAGUACGACUGUCGUACUUUGACUAUCAUUUCUGACUUUUGUAUUGCUUUAAUGCCCACGGUCCCAUAUAGACAUUUGAUCCUAAAAACAAACUUGAUCUAUUAAUAACAUUAAUAAAAAUUUGACAUCAAGCCUAUUGUCACAGCAAUAUAAUUAUGCGCGUGCGAUGGAGACAGGAAUCCUUUGCUUGGCGUCCUUACCUUAGGAUUCAUCCAUUAAUUACGUCACACGAAUUUAGAGGUUUUUUGACCACAUUUUUUUCAAUGAAAUCGGGCAAAACUAAUUAAUAUAUUAUCAAAAUAUUUCCGACAAAAAAGAUAUAUUAAUAAUUUUAUAACCCAAAACAGAUUAGGAAACAAAAUUAAACGAUUAAAAACGAUUAUCGUUCCAAACUUGUUAUUUAACUGUACAGCAAAUAAAAUUAUUUAAGUAAGUGACGUCACAAAGUUUGUGAACCCCCC